AUGACUGCUCCUAAGCUUUUCCAGCCCAUCAAGGUGGGCAAUCUCACCCUUCAGCAUCGCGUCGUCCUGGCGCCUAUGAGUCGCCUGCGCAAUACCCCGGACGGCAUUCCCCUUCCCAUUUCGGCGGAGUACUACUCUCAGCGCGGCAGCACUCCCGGGACCCUCCUUAUUGCGGAGAGCACCCAGAUUGCUCCUCCCGCCGGUGGCAUUCCCUGCGUUCCUGGUCUCUGGAACGACGCGCAGAUUGCCGGGUGGAAGGUGGUCACCGACGCCGUUCACGCGAAGGGCAGCUUCAUUUUCGCCCAGAUCUGGGCCGCUGGCCGCGGCGCCCUGCCCUCCAUCCUCAAGAAGGGCGGCUUCGACUACGUCGCCCCCUCGGCCAUCAAGGCCACGCCGGAUAGCCCGGAGACACCGCGCGAGAUCACCAAGGACGAGAUCAAGCAGUACAUUGAGUGGUUCGCCCAGGCUGCGGUCAACGCCGUCAAGGCUGGUCUGGAUGGCGUGGAAAUUCAUUGCGCGAAUGGGUUUUUGAUUGACGGGUUCCUCCAAGACGUCUCGAACAAGCGCACGGACGAGUACGGCGGCAGCAUCGAGAACCGUUCACGCUUUGGCCUCGAGGUCAUCGACGCGGUCGUCAAGACCAUCGGCGCGGAGCGCACCGCCAUCCGCCUCAGCCCCUGGGACACCGGCAAAGGUAUGGGCAUGAAUGACCCCGUCCCCCAAUUCCGUCACUUCGUCUCGCAGAUCGCCGCCGCCCACCCAACCCUCGCCUACAUCCACGUCGUCGAGCCGCGCGUGAACGGCAUCAUGACCGUCCCGCCCGAGGAGUUCGACCCCUCGCGGUCGAACGACUUCAUCCGCGCGGUGUGGGCGCCGCGCCCGCUGAUCAGCUGCGGCGCGUACUCGCAGGAGCUCGCGGUGCAGGUGGCGGAGACGAAGGGGGAUCUGAUUGCGGUGGGGAGGUAUUUUGUGUCGAAUCCUGACUUAGUGGAGCGCUGGAAGCACGACUGGAAGCUGACGCCGUACAACCGCGACCUAUUCUAUGUCCCAGGCGAGCCCAAAGGGUACAUCGACUACCCUUUCGUCACGGAGGAGCAGAAAAAGAAGGGUCCUAUCCAGGGUUGAAUAUGAAGAUGCGCCGAAUGUUGCGCAUGCUAGAGCUUGGUCUUUGUAAACAAACAUAUCGAAUGUAUCCGAAUGACAGUAUUCUUCUGCUUGCUACAAAUGAUGAUCUACUACAUACGUCAACCCCUUCAACAUUCCCCCGUCGUAUAACUCGCACUCGUCUUCAACCUCCCCUCCUUAUCUACCCGCACCUCCUCCGUCCAGAACGACACCUCCACGUCGUACGUCUCCCCCGCCCCGACCUCGAUCGUUGUCAGGUUCGCCCAGUCCGGCAGCUCCUUACCAUCCCUGAACCACGAAAUCGUGUACACUUCCUCAAUACCAGCAUCGGCCUCGCGGAACUGGCCCACGGGGACGAGCUGCAGCGCGAGUGUGCCACCACC